AUGAGUUUGCGCAACGAGGGUGUGAACGACGCAGCGCGGUUCAGAAAUUUACUCCCGCGACUCAAGUCACAUUUUGCACGGGCUGAUCAACCAUCAGAGUUCUGUGGCACCGGCGUUCGACACUCAGUUUUCGGGGACUUGCACGUCACUGAAGAUGCGUCCAUAGCCGCUCCUCUCAAGACUUACGAUUCCUGGCUGAACUACGAGUCACCGGCCCACUGUCGAAGCGACUCGAUCUUCUACUCUUUCUACCAGGCAACCGACGACCGACUGAAUAACGUAACUUCCGUUCUCUGUGGCCUUCUUCCCAUGAUCCUCAACCAGGAGUCAUCUUUUCUUCAACUUCUUCGCAACAGUCACGAGUACUCAGGGGCUGGGAAGACGUUCUUUCAACACGUCAGCAGCUGCGAUGCUCUAGGCAGGAUGAUUGUAUAUGCUGUCAACCAUGAAUGCCCGUACAGCACUAUGCUACUCAUCGAAGCCACUGGUCAGUUUCGCCGCCGCCGCCAGAGAGGAUAUAAGUGUCUUGUCUCUGAACUACCAAACCAGGAGGUUGAUUCGGCGGCUGCAAACGUCUACAUCGACCACGAAGAAGAAAAGUUAAGGGUCCUGAGAGGCUACAGCCUUGAGCUCAGUGCCACGGUCAUCUCGCCUCUUACACAAAAAAAACAUUCCUCUAGGUUGCUUCAGUUUGUCAUCAGCCGACUCGCUUUCACAGAAGACACACGCAGAAAGUCCCUGCACAACCACGAUUCGCUCUGGGCUCAUUGUGAAGAAAUUUUGACCAACAUCUGUGAAUGUUUGGAUGCAGAUUAUGGAAGCUCCGAUCCGCAAAGCCUAGCGCCCGAGUCACCGAACCCGAAUGAGAACCCGGUCCAAGACGAGAUACUAGCCCAAACCCUUAUCAGAUCUAUAGAAGAGCAGGUCGCCGUCGUCACUAGGGUCACGAACAUAAGUGGAGGUGCUGGUGACUUCAUACACCAAUCGGUUAAGGAGUUCUUGUUCGGGCGACCAGACAAGUCUAUGCCAUCAGGAAUCGAGCAUUACAAGAAUUUGGUUCUGUUGAAGCUUGAACUAACCAUAUCAAGGACGCUGCGGCCCGAGUAUCGCCUCGAUGGACCUGGGGUCCGCCAAACAUAUCCGCGUUUCGCAUCCUGA